GACGCCGGAUGGGCGUCCACACCGACAAGUACAUCAGCGCCGCCGUGUUCGACACAGUCCACAGCACCGUCAAGGGAGCCGCCAUCUGAAACUACCUCUGCCAGCUCUUGGACCGCCUCGACGGCCUGGGUAAUGACAAGGCGCACCGGGUCAUUCUCGUACAAGCGAACCUCAAACGCCUACGACAGCGUCGGCAACCCGCGUGUGACGCUCAAGGGCAAUCCCGGCGACUUGACAAGGAGCAACCCUCAGCUUCAUUAUGUACUCCGUCUCUGUCAACCAGACACUACCGCUUCCAAGGCCGUCGAAUGGUUGAAGAAGCUGGCCGACCUCCAUCAGGCUCACCCGUCAGAGCGGGAGAACCUGGACGAGAGCGAGUUCGAGUCUCUCUGUGACCUAGCCAUCGCGAUCGUUUUCGUCCAGGAUCUAUCCAGGACCGUCACGAUGCCAGCGCCAUCACGCAAAAAGGGCCAACUGUUUGUUUCGAGAUCUCAAGAGCUGGAGGCGGAACUCAAUAACCUCAAGACGGACCUCGACCUCCGCGACUUUGCAGCCCCAAUCGACACACUUCUGGAGCCGGGAAUGACUGAGGGCGCCCUCCGAACUCUCGACCAGUUCAUCGUCGACAAAGCCGGCGCAAGGCUCGGCUUCCUCCAGUACAAGGCCAAGAUCGAGCAGGGCGAGAAGGAUUGGACGCCGCUCCCGAUCCCGGCCCCCGAGCCGCUCGAGACCCUGGUCGAACAGCGCAAGCAGAAGGAAAAGACGCGACCGUCUCACUCGUCCGCCUUCGAGAUCGGCCCCCAAACCGAGCCCGCGUCAGAGGACACCACCGUCGAGCCCCAGACAUUCAAGGUCAGCGCCGGGACCGCCGAGGUCUUCGGGACCCUGUUCGACAAGUCGAAGUCACGAGGCGCGGUCAGCUGGGCGGCUUUCAAGGGCGCCAUGGCGGAGCUCGGGUUUUCCGUCCUGCCCAAGUACGGCUCCGUCUUCACCUUCGUGCCGCCCGAGACGAUGGCGGCGAAGAGGCCAUUCACCACCCACCGGCCCCACAAGUCGCAGAUCGAGGGGUACAGGACGCUCAUCUACGCGCGACGGCUCAAGCGGGCGUAUGGAUGGAAUGAGAAGACGUUCAAGGUCGUGUGAUUCC